CGUCUGAUCUUCGGUCCAGAAUGAAGAAUCUGGCGAAGUGGGCCCUGGGCCUUGGGCCCUGGGCCCAGGGACUUUUCAUUGUCGACGAUUGACAGAGUGCCAGAGAGUUCGUUUCCGAAAGGAGGACUCGGCCGAAAGAAGGUACCUGUCGUCGUCUUCGGCCGGUGGACGUCGCUUUAAUUGAUUGACCCUCCUCCCCUUCCCUUCAGCUUCGCCAUAUCCGACACUUAACCCCCCACACGACUGGCUCUCUCUCCCCUGUCCCUCUACACGUUUGCCCGGGCAAGCGGCACGUCAUCUCAUGGGUCUACAGCUUGCAGGCAAAGAGGGAAGCGGGACUGAAUGCGAUCGUCGCCACAGGGUUUGUAGUUAGGUUGGCUGGGAGAGAGGGAAGGAAGGGUGCGCUGGAGGUCCUCUUGUCGUGGUGUGGGUGACACAGACACCACCGGUGUUUUCUACUGCCCAAGGCGCUGAGUAGAGUCAUAUUGAGGGGCAGCAAUUUGCCGGGCGCCGAGCAGCAAUUUGAUUGGGAAAGAAAGGGGAAGCAAAAGUGGCUCGACCUCUGCGUGUUGUUUUGCGAUGAGAGAAGAGAUAGAUCUGGCUGAUGAUAUUGAAAGGAGUGAGUGAGAGUGACAAACUACUCAUAGUGGAACCAUUUUGCGGAGGAGGGCGGAGAGGGUCACAGCACCUCUCGGCAGAUAGACCUCCUGUAAAUUUUCAGCUCUGAGUCAAGGCGUGGUGUGACAGGGUGGUACACAAUGGUGAAACCCCAAUAAUGGGGGGCUGCGGCAAUCUGAUGGCGGGUUGUGGCAUUGUUGAGCUGUGAGUGAAGAAGGGGGCAUUGUAUUUAGGUGCUUCAGGGUGACAGAGUACAAAAAGGAAGGAGCAGCAACGCGGUACGGGCAGAGGAAGGUUUGAUGGCGGCAUCCACGGCUGUGCUGACGCCAACAAGUUUAUGCAGUCGUGAUAGAAUGGCGAUUUCCGUUGCAAUCGCCAACUCACCUUCUCCAUUGUCAGCUCCACUGACAAGAAUAGCGACAGCCACUCCGUGCAUCCAAGCAGCAGCUGUUGCUGCCGCUGAUGUCAUUCCAGGGUGUCAUCCAGGACACGAUGUCCUUGUUGUGAAAGACAGAGUAGCGUGGCAACCGCUGAGGCAUCGUCUCCUCUGGAAGCACCAUCAGCAGCAUUUGGCCUUGUCCAGUGACCGUGUUGCGAAGCAGCGGUUUUGUAGACACAGGUCUCAUCACACUGGUGUCAGGGCGGCUGCAUCUUCGUCCUCGGAGUCCGUGUCGGAGUCUGCUCAGUCAUCUGUGUCAGAGACCGGCCAGUCGGCACCAACUCCACCUACGGUGCCAAAAUGGAAGCAGAAGCUGGAGGCAGCAAAUGCCCGCGCGGAGUUGACGCGCCGGUUGUCUCAGCAGAAGCAGGAUGAGUAUAGACUACAGCAGCAACACCAGCGCAGCGGGACCGGUGCGGACAAGAGCGUGGUUCGACUUCGGGACCUGGAAUACCAACCAUAUGUGACAGAGGAAGGGAAGAUUGUUGACUGCACCAAGGCUGGAGCCAAGGCGAGCGUUUUCGCUGUCUUUGACGAAGACAAAACACUGCAGUAUGUCGGCAUGUCUCGCCAGGUUUAUCAGAGCAUGAGGCUUCAUUUUGCCAGAAUGCCUUCAAAAUGCCAUUUUGUAAAGGUUGUGCAUAUCGCAAGUCCGAGCCGCGCAGUCUUGGAAUCGAUUCAGACGGCCUGGAUCACAGAGAAUGACACCCGCCCACCCGGAAACGAUGGGGGAGAGAUCCAGCACCUGUGGGAAAACGCGCUGGACUGCAAACCGUUGAUGACGGACGAGGAGAAGGAGCUGAUUGAAAAGACAGAAGAGGGACCCAAGCGAGCCCGCACCCUGAAAAAUGUGGCGCGCCGCAUAGAAAGUCAACUGGUGGAGCAAUUCAAGCUUAGAAACGUCUCGGAAACCCUACGGUUCGACCCCAAGUUGAAAGAGAAGGGUUUGCUUGACCUGAAGAGUACACAGUAUGUUCCUGAUACGUCGGUACCAACGGCAGCUCCAGCUGCACAAGCGAGUGCUUGAGAAGAAGGGACAGAAUAUAUAUAUAAAAAAGAAAAGAAGAAGGGACAGAAGAAAAUAAAGAAGAGAGCAAAGGGCCAAAAAAUGAAGGGAAUGAGAGAAGCAAAACCCUGAGGCUGGGCUGGCCUGAGGAUUCAGAAACUGGCCAUUUGGGGGUUGAAAUGGCCAUUUGGGGGGUUGAAAAAAUGGUCCAAGGAAGCAGGGUUGUAAGUUGUAAACGUGUAAGAAAAAGUUACCACUAAAUUAUUAUUAAAAACAAAAUAAAAAAUUAUUAGUAUG